ACAAAGGAAAGAAAAUGGAAAAAAGAAUAGAUUAGGAAGCGGUCCAGUUGCCUCAUCUACACCUAUGACAAGAGUUUACGACUUUUCAGAUGGAGAAGAUGACGGUCAGGACUUACUGAGAAGAGCCUCAAGCUGUAAGAAACAAGCUGCAAUUCAAGCUGAGACUCCUCGUAUGAGACAAGGAAAGUCAAUCCCCUAUGCGGAAUUUCUCCAACUCAUGAGGGUCAUGGAAGGACGACUUCACAGGGCCAUUACAGAUUUGAAGGGCGAAGUCGGCGACCUUAAAAAGGAAAUUGGAAACUUAAACAGCGAGGUUAGAGACCUCAAGAGCAAACUUACUGAAAAGAAUACACAGGUUACCGCCCUAACUGCAAAAGUUACACGUUUGGACAACAGGGUCCAGGAACCAACACAAACUUCUACCAAAUCCAGCAAAGUCAGUACAAACAUAAGGGCAGCAUUGAAGGCAGCGAUCGACCAUGCUGAAACUGAGAAAGGGUGGACUAUGGAGCCUAUGUUCACGUUGGAGUCCGCACAGAAUCGACAAGUUGUCAAAUACAUCUGGGACUUUUCUAAGGUGAUAGCUCCAAGCAUGACAAAACAGGAAUUUAAAGAUGGUAUGACCAGGAUCAUGUUAACGAAGAAAGAGAAGCUAUCCCGAACACGUAACGGAAAAGAGAAAGAACACACGGACGCGUCCAGAAAGAAUUCAAGGAAACUGACGAAAAGCAGAAACCGUGUAACUGGCAUUGAAAAAUCCGAACUACCUCAUCACACAAGGACCAAGUACAUUCGAGUAAUGAAAAAAACGCAGCUCAUGUCGUCAGAAGAGAGUUCGGUCGACGAGGAUGGCAACCGGGUCUUCAAUGUGAGAAGGAGGGACUGGGAGAGUCAUGAAAUGAGGGCCGCUAAAAAAGUGGCCGACGAGACAUUUAGUAAAACAACCAAGACAGCAGCGUCCAUCGUACCACGGACGAGACGAAUUACAGGUGUCUCGUCAUUUGCACCACCUCCUGCCUGGUUGCAGAAAGAAGACAGCUGGGUCAGCUCAGCACUGACAUACCAUGGAGUAGUUUAGAAUCAUCAUCAUUCAUAUCCUCAUCAGAACAUGCUUACUUACUUACUAAAAGGGGUGUUUUUAUAGGUUAGGAAUUUUAGGGUUUAUUGGCAGCUUGUUUUUUGUCCUUUUUUUUAAAUGCGGCCAAGUAGGCCUGGUUUGAUUAGAUAUAUGCUUAGUGCUUCAAAGGUUUAAAGUCAUGUAGGGGGUUCAGUACAGUCAUGUGAUUGUUGCAAUUUAGUGAGGAUUGGAGUGUUGUUUGGUCUGUGUUGCUGGUAAUGUGUUCCAUAAAGUAUUGAAUAGGGCGCUCUAAAUGUAAAUGUCACACGGGAAUAAUACGUGUUCGGGCGUUUCUUUUUAAGUUGCAGUGGGGGUAUUUACCGGUUGGGUGGUUUUUUUAAUUAGGUGUAGGUGAGAGCUUAACUUAGUGUGGCCUGUUUGUAGUUUGGUUAUUACUCUGUCAAUGUUUUUGGUUUUAUGAUGGAUAUGUUUUUUUGAGUGGCGUUUUAGUUUGCAAUCAUAUUUCUGAUUGUUAUUUUGCCGCUAUUUUCCUUUGAGAUACUUUUAACUUCUUUUUUUUUAUUUUGGUAGGUUGAUGCUUGGGAUGCUUACUUCUUCUAAUUUUAGUGCUGAUUUGGCUGCUUUGUCUACAUGUUCGUUGCCAAACACCCCAACGUGGGCAGGGAU